AUGUCUCUCAGGCUCCUGCCUGCGAUUAUUAUGGACAAUGACGAGGACGACGAUGGGAACUUUACAAAAUGGAUGAGCAGUUACUGGGGUCACGGAGCAGAGGGUGGACACUCCAGAGAAAGAAAACACAGCUUCAGAAGACCUGGAAAAAUACAAGCUGAUCGAAGAGCAUCACUCCCAACUGUGUCACAGUUAGACGCCAUGAAGUUGAGCAAGCUCCAUGCAGCGACGAUGGCACCCACUCCCAGCCACAUCAAAACAAGAGAGGAGAAGGUGGAGGUCAGACCCCACCAGAGGGCUCGUCGUGCCUCUUCAGACGACAACAGCCGCCCAAAGACUGCCAUCCCAGAGAACCGCAUCACCACCAUCCCGGAGCUCACAGAGUCAUUCGAGAAGAGACUCUGUGUCCGUGAUAAGAGGGCCAAUGGUGAUGAGAGGUUGUGUCUGAUCUGUCAUGAGGACAUGCGUAAGAACGGAGGCCUACAAGAGCUGCACUGUACACACCGCUUCCACAAAGAGUGCAUGGAGCAGUGGCUGUGGAAGAAACAGACGUGUCCUACAUGUCGUGUCCAUGUGUCAAUUCCGCAGCCUCUCUACUGGUCAUCGUCCCGCGCCAAUGUCCCGUGA